AAAAUAAUCAGAGGAAAUAUGAACUAGAAACUAGAUUGGCUUUGGUUUGCACACAAACCUGGGUGCGUGCAACUGAUUUUUUGUUUUUGGGUAGUAGAGGCCGGUCAUUUGAUGUAAAAGUUGAUCCAACUAAUUUAAUACCUGGUGGAUUAUAUUUUGCUGAAAUUCAAGGUUAUGAUACAACUUGCCCAGACAGGGGUCCCCUGUUCCGAGUACCAAUCACCGUUACAAAACCAAGUAUUUUAACUAAUGGCUCUAAACUUUGCUUUGAUAAAUUGUCUUUUGGUCCUGGUCAUAUUGAAAGAAGAUUUAUUAAGGUUCCUGACGGUGUAACGCUUAAAUCUACUACAAAAAAAAGUACUUCACCAGCAUCUUUCUGGCUACAUAUGGUACAAUUGUUGCCAUUAAGGCGAUUCACAUAUCAAGAACGUGAAUAUUUCUUUUCUUUUGGUAAAGGAAGUUAUGGUGAUGGAACUGGUGAAGAACAAAUUGAAAAAAAAAAUUUUGCAGUUUGUGGCGGUGUGACCAUGGAGAUUUGCGUGGCUCAAUAUUGGUCUAGCAUUGGAAAUCACGAUGUAUCAUUAGAGUUUAUUUUCCAUGGAAUUCAAAUUUCAAACAAUGCCAUAAGUGGAAAUAAAACAGUUUUUAUCAAUGGUGGAGUUCCAUUUACUCGUUUGGAUAUUACCGCACCUGUUAGACGAGAAGAGGGAAUUAACCCUUCCGUUCAGCUUGAUGUCAUCCGUAAGGAAAUUCGACCAACGGAAUCAACCUUAAAACCACUUUGCAUAGAUCGCGAUAUUCUUCCAAAUUCUCGAAGAAUAAAUGCUCUAACAUUAACAUAUAAAUUUUCUACACCCGAAAAGAAUUUGUCUCUUACACCAAGAUUUCCAGCAUUCUUUGAUUUAUUGUAUGAUUCUUAUUUCGAAGACUUCUUUGCAAUACUAUAUGAUGCCAAUAAAAAAGUUAUCGGUCACCUAGAUAUUUACGCCAAGACCUUUAAACUAGAAUAUAAAGGGGAUUAUAUUAUUCGUGCACAAAUUCGCCACCAUUCACAAGAAUUGUUAGAAAAGUUGAAUAACACAAUAUGCUUUUUGGAUUACAAUUUAUCCAAAAAAGUUAAUUUGGAUGUAUAUGGUCAAAUACAUGACGUUUUCACGGCUGAAAAACCUACAGGCGUAAAAAAUUAUUUGGAAAAAGGAGAAAGGCAGGCGGUAUUUAUCGGAUCACCGAAUGAUUACUCUGUUUAUCCAAAGGAUAGUAAACCUGGCGAUUUAUUACUGGGACGUUUAAGUUUUGUAAACUCUUUGAAGAUUGAUGGUGGACAAUACACAGCCAGUUUGUUGAUCCCACCACCCCCUGCUAAAAAAGAUUCGACCAAUGGAGGCGAAGAUGGAAAAGGCCCGGCACCUACUAGUGAUUCAGGACCAUCCGAAUCUACUGAUAAAUUAGAAAAAAAGGAUGAAAAGACUAAUGAAGAACUUUCGGAAGCAAUUCGAGAUUUACAAAUUUCUUAUUUAAAAAAGUUUCCUGCGGAAUCAACAGCAAGAGAAGAUUUAUUUUCAGACUUGAAAGAUCGUUAUCCGUCUCACUUACCAAUUUCCCAAACUAAAUUAGAAUUACUCCUCGAUGUAGCUAGUGGUGAAAAAGAAAAUAUGACACCUGAAACAGCGAAAAAAAUCUUGGAAGUUUCAGAAGAAAUAUUAGAAAUGAUUAAUUUAACAGAAUUAGCACAAUAUUAUGGAAUUAAACAAGAAGCAAAUCUUAAUGAAGCCGCUAAAAAAAAGAAAAAGGAGAAUGAUGAUAAAAAGAAAGCCGUCAUAUUGGCUUUAGGAGCUAAAGUUCAAGCUUUAGCUGCUCUUGCAUCAAUUAGUUCAUCAAGUGAUAAUUUAUCGACGCAAUUGGAAGAAACUUGGAAGCAACUUGCUCAAUGGUUAGAUGCUGUACCACCUAUAUCAGAUUUUAAACAACUACUAAUUUAUAUUAUACGUGAAAGACGAGAGAAACGAUAUGGAAACGCUCUUAAGGCGCUUGGAAAAUGGUUUGGAGAAACUGGGUUAGGCAAUGACAACGUUAAAGAAUACGAAAAGGCUUUGGGAUUAAAGAUUGAAUUGUUGAAAGAACUUGAAUGGAAAGAUUGGGAAAAGUAUGAAAAGAAAUGGAAGAUCAUUAGGAAUCCACCCGGUGGUUAUGCACCUUUUUAA